AUGGAUUCUGGGAGAAAAAGCGGUGGGAACUCAUUCUCUUCUCUCUCUUUUUUAGUAAACGGCGCAGACUUGAUGGCCGACCUCCAGGACCCGUAUUUGGUCAGCGUUCACCUCAUCGCAGACCCGGACCAGGGCAGCUUCCUCCAGCACGCCACGGACGCCGCCCUCUCCUGGAUACACCCGGACCUGCAGCUUUUCCGCGUCUCCGAACGUGCCCACCGUUCCAAAAAAAGACCCCCGAACCCCACCUCCCAGCCCGCUUUAGCCGUCAUCCUCUUCCUCCAAGAAUCCUACGGGGGCGAGGAGCAUAUUUUAUCGUUACAUCGCGCUUUGCAAAGACCACCGUGGCGUUACCAUCACACAGAAAAAGUCAGCAACGGCAAACGGAUGCUCCCGCUAACUCCGAGUAGCCAGGAUUUCUUCACUCUGACACCCGGGACUCCUUUAUGGGCGGUGAGACAAGUCCACUACGGCAAAGAAAUAGUCCGAUUCACAUUUUACUGUCGAUAUGAAAACUAUAUUGACAUGGUGAGGCUGUACAAACUGUUGCUACAAAAGCGAGUUGCUCAAAAGAAGGAGGAUUUUUGUUUUUUCGUGGUGUAUUCCAACGCAGAUUUGGAGAUUCAGUUGUCGUUUAAGAGGCUCCAGAAAGGCCAGGCUCCUUUGGUCUUGGACUCUUCUCUGUUGGAGAUCAGAGUGAGGGACGUGGGGGCGCUGGUACCUCUCCUCCCCCACACGUGCAGACCCAUCAGUGACCUGCGCUGGCAAACGCAAGACUACGACGGCAACAAGAUACUGCUCCAGGUUCAGGCUCCUCUCUUCAAACAUCGACACACCGACUCUUCUUUCCCUCACCACGAAUCCACGUCUGCUCCUUCUACCUUCACCCGCCACAGCGCCCCCUACAGGCACCACCAUCACCACAACCACCACCACCACCGCCGACACCCCAACCGCUCCGCUUCCCUGCAUUCUAGAGGCCUGCAAACUUCACAAAUGUCCAUCCCUUUGGCCUACGACUAUCUCAACCCCAACGACGAAUGGUCCGAGCACAGAUACAUGGAUCAAUACACGGAAGAACUGAAAAACAACCAUUCCGGAUCACUAUUCUCCCUCCCAAACAUAACCUCUACUCAUUCUCUGGACCUAUCUCGCAAUCAGCAUCGCAAAAACCUCCCAAAAACAACUUCUAGUGAGGCGUAUUCACUAGUCCCGCCUUUCCGCUUAAACGUUGAUGCUCUGAUUGGUGCGGAAGAGACAGACGUAGAUACAGGAGACAAAGUAGCAAUGGAUUUAUCAGUAGUUUCGGCGUACAUUCAAGCUGGACUGAACUUAAAUGGAAGACCAGUCUCUGCUCCUCCUGAAGAACUUGUCCCAUCAAGAUCUCCGAGUAUACCAGAUGUUAAUGUUACGUACAAGGCAGCUACAAUAGGAGGCAGGAGUGGCGUGAAUCGGUCAAACAGUAUGGUUGUGAAUGGGAAAUGCAGUAGUAGUAGUAGUUUUGGGAUGUUGUUGGGACAAGCCGGUCUGGAUAUAAGCACGACGCCCUCAGUGAGCAGUGUGUCCAUAAACCAUUCUGAUAACUGCAGCAUCGACGACGACAAGAUAGAAGAAGAGGAAACUCUCUACUUCGUGUAG